CAACGCAUUCAUCAAUUUCCCUUUCCUCUUCUCUCUCUCUCUCUCUCUCUCUCUCUCUCUGUGGAAUUAUUAUCACUGCAUUGCAGCGUACAUACAAAGUCCAGAUAGAUCCAUGGCAUUCUUGGAUCUUGGUUUUCAGGGAAUGGUUUCUUAGCUGGAAAAUGGAAAUUUCCUAAUUUUGCCUUUUUAUAGCUUGUGGCUAGUAGAAGCUUGAUCAACCCAUUGUGGGAUCUUCAUCUUUUGACAGAUAGAGCACAAGCUGGGGUCUAAAACUUUCACCCUGUGUGGGGUUCUACUUCUUUUACCACGUCAAGGCUUCAGACAGCUUAAAAGUAGCUUUGAGCAGCCCAAGGAGCACAGCCCCCACACCCACGUACGUGACCCACAGAUAGAGAGAGAGAGAGAGAGAGAGAGAGAACAAAGAAACAAAGAUACAAAAUGCUAGUAAUUUACUUAAAUAAUGCCUGAAGUUUGAGAACUUAGAAAUCAUUGAGAGAAGAAAAGAAAGAUUAUUUCUAGUCUGCAAGUUCUGAGAUGAGUUCACGUGAAGGCUACGCUGGGAUAUCCGUGAGUUUGAAAGCAAGAACCAGUUCUUCCCGUUGAUUCAACUCGGAACUUCACCACUGACCAAUGGAGACUAUCUUCGUGCUUAGAUGAUAUUCUGCUUUCAGGGUUUUCGCAUUCCAUCCCACUGAGUAGGUGACCUUCGGUUACUUUCUGCAGUAUACUUCUUCAGCUGCUCUGCUUUGUUUGGAAACUCUGAGGAAAUGAAGAUGACCCAAAUUGGUUCCCUUCUGAGACUUUAUUGCUAGGGUGGAUCUGAAGAUUUUGGGCUCUUCUAUUUUGGUUUUUGAUGGUGAUUUGGAAGAGCUAGAACAUGAGUGCAACACAAAAGGGUACGCUAAAAAGUGUUUGAUGAUGACGGACUUUGAUUAUGAUUGUAAUUAUAAGCACCAAGAUUACCCUGUUUUUGGAGGUGUAUAAUGUUGCCCUUUACGGAAAGUAAACCAAAAUCAAGUCUAAUGAUAUCAAUCAAGGCAUGAGAGAUUCAGUUUUGCUCUCCUAUUUCUAUUCUACACCCAGCGGAGGCUGCAGAUUGAUCUCCAAGAUGAUAGAACCACCGGUUUCAAGGUACCCAUUUCUCUACUUGUUCUUAUUCUCUGUCAUUGCUCAUUUUUCUCUGGUUACAUCAGGGGAUGCCCAGAUGCUCUUAGCACUCAAGUCAUCAAUUGAUCCUUUGAACUCGCUUCCCUGGCCACAAGGAAGCGAUGCCUGCAAAUGGCAAGGGGUCAAAGAAUGCAUGAGUGGAAGGGUGAGUAGGCUUGUUCUGGAGUAUUUGAACUUGCGUGGUACUCUAGAUGGCAAAACCCUGAAUCAAUUGGAUCAACUUCGGGUUCUAAGUUUCAAAGGGAACUCAAUUUCAGGGUCAAUCCCUAAUCUCUCAGGCCUUGUCAAUCUCAAAUCUCUCUUUCUCAACAGCAACAAUUUCUCCGGCGAUAUCCCAGAUUCCAUUACCAACUUACACCGUUUAAAAGUCAUAGUUUUAGCCGAAAACCAACUCUCAGGUCCAAUCCCUCCAUCGCUCCUCAAAUUAACCCGAUUGUACGUUCUUUUCUUACAAGACAAUAGCUUGGUUGGAGCAAUCCCUCCUUUGAACCAAACCAGCCUCAGGUUCUUCAAUGUGUCUAAUAAUAACCUUUCCGGGCAGAUUCCGGUGACCUCUUCUUUGAUUCGGUUUAAUACGUCCUCAUUUACCGGUAAUGUUGAUCUAUGCGGCGAACAGAUUCAAAAUCCGUGUAAAAAAUCUGAGUUUGGGCCAUCAGCCAGCCCUAUUUCUCCCACAGAGCAAACUCCAAAGCCAUCUUCCAAACGCAGUAGAUUGAUCAAGAUUAUUGCAGGGAGUGUAGGUGGGUUUCUGUUGCUUUGUCCUAUUAGUUUACUUAUGGUGUUCUUGGUACGCAAGAAUCUCCGCAGUAAAGAGGGCUCAGUCGUGGGGGAAGGAAGAAACAAAGCCAAAGGGAUUGUUGGCGUUGGUGAUAACGGUGGUGUCAAUGGAGGAAAUGGAGGUGGUGGGAGUGGCUUUGGCGGUAAUAACGGCGGAACACUAGGUGGAUUUUCGUGGGAGGGAGAGGGGUUGGGGACUUUGGUAUUCUUGGGUGCAGGGGAUCAGCAGAUGGGCUACAGUUUAGAGGAUUUGUUGAAGGCCUCAGCUGAGACACUAGGAAGAGGUACUAUGGGAUGCACAUAUAAAGCUGUAAUGGAGUCUGGGUUCAUCGUGACCGUUAAGCGGUUAAAAGAUGCGAGAUAUCCAAGGGUGGAGGAGUUUCGGAGACACAUGGACCUGCUUGGUAGGCUAAGGCAUCCGAACCUGGUCCCACUCAGAGCUUAUUUUCAGGCUAAGGAGGAACGCUUACUUGUAUAUGAUUAUUUCCCCAACGGCAGUCUCUUCUCUGUCCUCCACGGAACAAGGACUUCUGGUGGUGGAAAGCCUCUUCACUGGACUUCUUGCCUCAAAAUAGCUGAAGAUUUGGCAACUGGACUGCUAUAUAUCCACCAGAACCCUGGCUUAACCCAUGGAAAUUUGAAAUCCUCCAAUGUCCUAUUAGGGCCUGAAUUUGAGUCCUGCCUCACUGAUUAUGGCCUGACAGUGUUCCGAGAUCCAGACUUAUUGGAGGAACCAAGUGCUACUUCUCUUUUCUAUAGAGCUCCUGAAAACCGGGACACGCGAAAACCAUCCACUCAAUAUUCAGACGUCUACAGCUUUGGUGUCCUCCUCUUGGAACUUCUGACUGGCAAAACUCCUUUCCAGGACCUUGUUCAGGAACAUGGUUCAGACAUUCCAAGAUGGGUUUGGUCAGUACGCGAGGAAGUGACCGAGUCAGGGGACGAGCCUGAGGAGAAACUUCAGGCUCUUGUAAAUGUUGCAAUGGCAUGCGUAUCAUUUGCACCAGAGAACCGGCCAUCGAUGAGGGAUGUUUUGAAGAUGAUAAGAGAUUCAAGGGCCGAGGCUCAGGUUUCAUCCAGUAGCAGUGACCAUUCACAUGGAAGAUGGUCCGACACCGUUCAGAGCUUACCUAGAGAAGAGCAUUUGAGCAUUUGAGUGGUUAGUGAAUUUAUGUAUUCUGAUUAGUUUUGAAAUUGAGUCUCGAUUCUUAAACUAGGCUUUGUAGAGUCUACUGAAUGCUAAUGUAAAGUACCCACUUUUCAUUCUUGAUUUCUUAGUUUAGGUAUCUGGAGAUCACAUAAGUUUGGUUGAUCAAUCUGCAAUUAGACAUCGGUAGGGUUCUUGAUUUAUUCUUGUAUUCGGCUGAAGCAGUUUCAUCAAGUUUCAUUUCCCAUUGUCAUUUUAA